AUGGAAGAUACAUUAAAACAAGCAAAGAAAAAGAGUAUAUUCUUUGCAGAUGAUGCAAAUACAAGUUCAAAUGAUCUAAGUAGUUUUACAAAGAGAUCAACGGUCAAGGCACCUGCCAAUGCAAGAGAAGGUGAAUUGUCUCAGAUGGAGGAUACAGACUCUGAACAAAAGUAUCAAGAGAUUAUUGAACUAUUGGUGACUGGUGGUUACUUUCGUGCUCGUAUUCAAGGUCUAUCUCCAUUUGACAAGGUAGUAGGUGGUAUGGCUUGGUCAAUCACUGCCUCCAAUGUAGAUGUAGAUGGUGAUUUAUUCUUUCAAGAAAAUUCAAAUAUUAGACAAAAAAUUGCAUUGUCAGAAGAAUUAAUUAAAUCAUUGAGAAGAAUGAAAUGUCCAUUCCCAUUACAAGCACAACAAAUUCAAGGUUUAAAUUAUCCAAAUCUAUUCCCAAUUAUUAGAUGGUUGAUUGCAAAGGUUAUAGAGACAAGAGAAGAGACUGGAGAUCUUCUUCGUAUCUAUUCAGAGAAUGCCUCGUGUGCAUUUGUUCAUCAGGUUGAAAACAGAUACAAACCAUCACGUAAAUUUAGAAAGGCGGCUGCCACCACUGGCAGUACAGCCACACCCCAAGAAACAUUGUUAGAGUAUGGUAAACUGCACAGAUUAAGUAGAGUCACACCUUCAAGUGGUGACAAGUCGGCUGCAGCUGCCAAACUCGAACAAGCACUUGGUCAAGACAAGGAUGGUGGCCAUGGCUCUGGUGAAGCCGAUGAAGAAGAGAAGCGUAUUCAAAAGAUGAUGAAGAGUAUGAGUGGAGUGGACAGUCAAAAGAUCAACAAGAUUAGUGGUGGCAUUUUAAAGUCGGUGGUGGCGACCGACGAAAUCAACGAUCUCGCACAUCGUUAUUCAGAGAUGGAUGUUGACGGUCCGUCUGGAAAAGCGAUGGGCGAGAAAUUACAUCGUCAAAAGGUGGCAGCACUCGACAAACAAAUCAGCCAGCGCCAAGAAGAGCUCAAGCGUAUUGCCAAGCUUCGUCAAGAGUUGCAAGAGCGUGUCGACCAACUCCAAAACGAUCUUGCCAAGCGCCAAGCCUUUAACGCGCGUAUCAUUGCAGAGACUGAGAAAUUGGAUGCUCUCGAAACACCCGAAAACACAAAGAUGCUCCAAGCACUGCGUUCGUUGGUCCUGCUCAACGAGACGUUGGUGGCACAAGAGCAAAUGUUCAAGGACAGCUGCAAGAAGCAGAUGCUCGAGUACAAGGCCAAGAUUGAGGAGCUGGUCAAGGGUGGUGGCGGUAGCGCCGAAGACGAAGACGAUGCCGAACGUCGCCAACAGAUAGAAGAGGCGUUCGAGGCCGACCUCGAAAAGUUCAAGAAACUCAAACAACUACUCAACAAAAAGAAUCGUGACAUUUCACUACUCCAACGUUAUCUCGAUGAAUUGCCAUCGCGUGCCGAACUCCUUCAAUACCAGAGACAAUUUAUCGAGUUGUCUGAGCAAUCCGACGCCAAACUCACAGAGACUCGUCAAUACUAUACCACCUACAAUACAUUGGAUGACAAGCGCCAGCUUCUCGACAAUGAACUUUCCAUCCUCCAAUCGAUCCAAACCAAAUACAAUGUUGCCAUGUCUUCCAAAACCAACAAGGAAAUGUUUAUCAAAUCAAUGGACAAUAUCAUCGCCGGUAUCCAAGAGGUUUUGAGCAAGAGUGAAGGUAAACGUGCACACGAAAAGUCUAAACAUACCUCGCUCUCUGAUCAAUACAUUACCCUUGUCGAACAAGAAAGAAACUAUUAUAAAUAUACAAAGGAAUUCCAAGAAGAAUGUCGUAAGAAUGAAGUAUUACAAUCAACUUUAUCUGAAUUAACUGCUCAAUAA